AUGAGUCGAAAAAAUGUUGUUUCUUCCUCCAUCAAUUUGGUAUCAACAAUUGUUUAUAUUUCAUUUCUACUAAACUUGGCCAUUGCAGCUAAACCAAAAGGGUUUAGUAUGAAGAUGAUUCGCAGCAACUCUAAAGAAUCACCUCUACAUCCAAGGUAUGCUAAUUUAACACAAGGAGAAAGGUUUCAAGGACUCGUCAAACAAUCCAAAGCUCGAGUGCGUCACCUUGGAUCAGCAAGAGCUGCUGCUUAUAAUAAAAGCAGCUCCAUGAAUCCCGAUAUUGUACCAGUACAAUACGUGGAUGACAACGAAUUUUACAUUGGUGAAGUAGGUUUAGGUAUUUCCAAUGAUGGACAACAACCUUUUCAGAAUUACUAUUUAAUUAUCGAUACUGGUAGUGAUCUUAUGUGGACACAAUGUCACGGUGGCGAUAAUUAUUUCUAUCAAGAUCCGCCAUUUUAUGAUCAGGAAGGUUCGAGUACAUAUAGCCGCAUCCCUUGUCAAGAUCUUGAUGUUGAUGAGUGUGACGAAGAACAUUGCGAGGACGGGUUCUGUACGUACAAAGUAGAAUACGCGUCCGGACAAGAAACAUUUGGUCAUCUUGCUUAUGAAAGAUUCACUAUGAACUCAAUUAUCGGGGAGCAUGCCCGUGAAAGUGUCGAAGAUAGAAUCAUGGGUUGCGGUAUUAAUCAAAGGAAUUUCGGAUCAUUUUUGCGUGUUCCUGAGAUUCAUGAUGGUGAUGAUGACUUCCCUCCGCCGAUACCUGCACCUGGAACUGCUCCUAUAGCAGGAAUUCUUGGUUUAGGACAAGGAUCCUCUAAUUUUUCUUUGGUACGUCAGUUAGAUAUUGAAAAACAAUUUGAAUACUGUUUGCAGUCGUACGAUCUUGUGGGUGCUGAUGUUUCACACACAUAUUUAAGAUUUGGUUCGGACGCAAUAAUUGGAGAAGGACCUGAAGUACUUACAACUCCAAUAAUUCAAGACCCAGAGUUCGGGACGCCUUACCACUUGAUUCUGGAGGAUAUUAGUGUAGGUAACAGACGCUUAUGGUUUGAGAAAAGCGUUUUCGAGAUUGGGGAGGAUGGAACUGGUGGGACUAUCAUAGAUUCAGGGACUCCAUUUACCUUGAUGAUCAGGCGUCAUUAUGAAAGAGUUGAGGAAGUGGUGUUAGAACAUUUUGAAGAACUUGGUAUUCGUCCUGCUGAUCCUGAACCUGGUUUCAAACUUUGUUUUCCUAUACCAGACAAUUUCGAUUCCAAUGAGCUUCCAACGAUGACAUUUCAUUUUCAGGGAGCGGAUUUUGUUAUUAACCAAUGGUCUGGUAAUUUUGUCUAUUUCGUAGAUAUCAACGUCUUAUGUUUUGGUAUCAUUGUCUUGGAUGACGACGAGGAAGGUGAUUAUUUGCAUGCUGUUUAUUUAGGAGCUAUGCAACAAGCAAAUAAAAGGAUUUUAUACAAUCUUAGAAACAUGGAACUCUCAUUUACUGAUGAGCAAUGCAUUUUAGGUUCAUGA